AUGGCCGUGACUUUUGCUGAAAUUUCUCGUGGACUUAGUUCAUCAAAGAAGACCUCACGUAGAACAAGAAAAGAGACCAGACAGCUCAGAGAGGAGCACUCCAGUGCUGCAUCUCAGAGACCUGAGUCAGAAGUUGAAUCGACAGAUUCGUUUGGUGACACUUCGAGUGACUCUGACCAGGAGGAAGGCACCAUUGCUAACGCACAAACAUUAAGGGAGUUGGCUACUCCUGAUUUAACUCAGCAGCCUUUAUGCAUUACUUUCCCGAAGUUUGAUGUCGUGUGCAAUAGUAUGAAACCCACGGGAAUCACAGAAGAGCAGAUAAAAAUGAGGGCAUUCCCCUUCUCCUUGAAGGAUUCUGCAAAGGACUGGCUGGCUGCAAGUCUAAGGAAAGAAAUUUGCGGGAUCAAGCAGCACCCAGGGGAGUCACUCUAUGAGUAUUGGGAGCGGUUCAAGAAAUUGUGCAACAAAUGCCCCCAGCACCAGAUAAGUGAGCAGUUGCUUAUACAAUAUUUCUACGAGGGACUACUCUUCAGAGACAGGAGUAUCAUUGAUGUUGCGAGUGGAGGGGCACUGGUAAACAAGACCCCUCGGGAAGCUAGAGAGUUAAUUGAGGGAAUGGCAGAGAAUUCACAACAAUUCGGUACGAGGGAGGAUGUUCCAAUACGCAAGGUAAAUGAGGUAGAGACAUCCUCUAUCCAGCAGCAGCUAAGUGAGUUGACAUCCUUCGUUAGGCAACUGACUGUGGGAAAUGCAUUACAAGCCAAGGUAUGUGGGGUAUGCACUGGUAUGGGUCACUCUGCAGACAUGUGCCCAAUGAUUCAGGAAGAAACUGCAGAACAGCAAGGGUACCAGCAGCAGUACCAGCCUCGCCAACCACCACCCCCUCCGAACUCGAGUCCGUCCAUGGAAGAGAUGAUGAAGCAGUUACUUGCAAACCAGCAAAAGACGGAUUCAGACCUGCAAAUCAUGAGGAAUCAACUAGGACAAGUGCCAUCAUUGCAAAAUCAAGUAAAUCAAAUGGUCAUCACGAUCAACCGUUUGGAAUUCCAAAUUCAAGGGAAGCUGUCAUCUCAACCUGAGUUGAACCCGAAGAAUGUGAGCGCCAUGACCUUGAGGAGUGGCAAGGAGGUUCGAGGGCCUGAGCCUGUGACCCCUAAGGAUAAGGAUGAGAAAAAAAAUCGAAAAGGAGUUUGA